AUGCCAAACUAUGAAAACAAUCAAUCAAAUAAUAAAAUUUCAGAAAAUGCAAAAAUAAAGAACAUUGAGGCAGUUAAAUUAGCUUCAAAUAUUACAAUUGCUGGAGAUGUAGUCAUUGACAAUGAAAGUCUUGACUCAGACCAAAACUUCAAUAUUCAAAUAGGAAAAUAUACAUUCAUUAGAUCAAAGACCAAAAUUAUAUCACCUUGUCAUAUUGGAUCAUUUGUAAUAAUAGGUUUAAACUGUGCUAUAAAUUCAAAACUUGUGGGAAACAGGGUUAUAAUAGAAGACAAUGUAGAGACUCACCAAGGUUCGAUCAUAUACGAUUGUUGUAUCAUUAAACGCGGUUCGAUAAUUCCACCAAAAUAUAUUAUCCCUCCAUAUAGUGAAGUUAGUGGUAAACCAGGUGAAAACUUUCUAAUUAAACCACUCAACAACUGUUACAAAGAGGUUAUAGAAUCGGAAGCAAGGAAAUUGAAUAUUUUAGGUUCUGAUUAA